AUGGCGACCGAAACGCCUCCGAAUUUCUGGGGCGACAUGCCAGAGGAGGACUACUACACCUCCCAAGGCGUGCGCAACGCCAAAUCAUUCUUCCAGACCCCUAACGGCCAGAUCUUCACUCAGAGCUUCUUGCCGUUGGAUCAAACAGUCAAAGGCACUGUCUUCAUGACCCACGGCUACGGAUCCGAUACCGGCUGGCUCUUCCAGAAAAUAUGCAUCCACUACGCCACUUGGGGCUACGCCGUCUUCGCCGCCGAUCUCCUUGGCCACGGGCGAUCCGACGGCCUCCGCUGCUACCUUGGCGACAUGGAGAAAGUUGCCGCCACGUCACUCUCCUUCUUCCUCCACGUGCGCCGCAACGAAUUAUACCUCCACCUCCCUGCCUUCCUCUUCGGCGAGUCCAUGGGCGGCGCUGCCACCAUGCUCAUGUACUUCCAGUCCCCGCCCGACACGUGGACGGGCCUGAUCUUCUCCGCGCCGCUCUUCGUCAUCCCAGAGAACAUGAAGCCCAGCAAGGUCCACCUGUUCCUGUACGGCCUCCUAUUCGGGAUCGCCGACACGUGGGCGGCUAUGCCGGACAACAAGAUGGUCGGAAAAGCGAUCAAGGACCCCGCGAAGCUGAGGAUCAUAGCCUCGAAUCCCAGGAGAUACACGGGCCCACCUAGGGUGGGGACCAUGAGGGAGAUCGCGAGGGUGUGCCAGUACAUACAGGACAACUUCUCGCGCGUCACGACUCCGUUUUUGACAGUGCACGGGACGGCGGACGGGGUGACGUGUCCGUCGUCGUCGAAGCUGUUGUACGAAAAGGCAUCGAGUGUGGACAAGACCUUGAAGAUUUACGAUGGGAUGUACCAUUCCUUGAUACAAGGGGAGCCCGAUGAGAAUGCGGAGAUUGUGUUGAGGGAUAUGAGGGAGUGGAUUGACGAGAGGGUUGAGAGGUAUGGGCCCAAGUAA